GUCCAGCCUCCGCGCGGUCUUCGCGAUGCAGGGUCCCCCUGCGCCCUCCCCGGCCCCAGGGCCCAGCUCCCCCCGGGGCUCCCCGCGCGGCUCCCCGGGGCUCUUCAGGAAGCUCCUGGUGAACCAGAGCAUCCGCCUGCAGCGACGCUUCACCGUGGCCCAUCCGCUGUGGUGAGGCGAGACAGUGGGCCUCGCAGGGGUCAUCGGAACCGCCGGGCUGGAGGUGGGAAGGGCAGAGUCAAGGACAGCUGGGACCAGGUUAGGGGUCAGGGCCUAAAAGCUCUGCCCCUCUUCCCUUUGUCGGUAUCUUUCCCUGCCCUAUCUCUGUCUCUUAUAGUUGGUGACUGUUUCUCUCUCUCCAUCUCUGUUUCCCUCCACCCGCCUCCUGGACACGUGCCCAAGGGAUCAGCCGUCUGUCCCUUUCCAGCUGUGCGUCCUGGAGCAGGACGGGCUGAGGCUCACGUCCCCUUCUGACUCUUGCCAACCCAGGACAGGCGAGCUGAGCGUCCCAGCGGUAGUAGAGGCGGGAGGGUCACUCCUCCCCUCGGUCUGCCCCCACCAUCUGUCCCGGCGCCAGCAACGGAUGGCCCGGUGGUCUCACACUAAGCCCUCGGUGUCCGCGGAGGAAUACGGGAUUUGAUGGGGGCCUUUGAGUCGGGGUGUUCGCGGUGUAAGAGGGUUUGUUGCAAGUUCCAAGCUUGUGAGCUGACCCGCGCUGAGCUCGGCUCUGUGCAGCCCCAGUUGGUUGAGUCCUCCAAAGAUUCGUUCCAUCGCUCUGGGUUCGAAUUCCGACGCUUCAAGAAGUGACUAUGACUUCCGCGGUUGCGGGGGCGAGGCUGGGAUUGGAGGUGGGGCUGGUGGGCGCCGACUAGGUCUGGUAGUCGCGCUCAGUUCGUGCCGCUUUUGCAUCCACUUGGUAAUUUGGCACCUGGUGGCUCAGAGACUAAAGGUCCUUUCUCCAAGGUCGCAUGGCCAGUACAGCCGGUGGAGGGGGUGCAGUCGUGAUCGUGGUCCCUGAUGGCGUCAUUUCAGGCCAGGAGUGGGGUCCCGGGUCCGGGAGAGCGCCUCCAGGGUCUACAAAGAUGGGUCCCUGCCGAGGGAUCAGGAGUGAGCACAAGAGCGUCGAAGACGUCGAAGGCUUGAGGCUGGAAGAGGGCGGGUCUCUCUGAGGGCUUCGUACCUCAGUUUACCUGUCUAGCUGCUGGACAGACACGCCGUUCCCGCAGUCCGGGCCACCUCCUCCCCGCCGCCCACGUCAUGAAACCACCGCCUGACCUCGCCGCUCUCGGCUAAGUUUAGAGCAGAAAGAAAAACAGCUUCCCCCGCAGCUGGAACACCCCCGGCUCAGCUCUUAACUCUCGAUGUUCACUACUUGGAGUCGAACCCAGCACUCCGUGGCCUCUCCUGGCCUCAGUUUCUCUAUAUAUCCAUAGGCGCGCUUUCCCAGAAUCUUUGUUGAGAGAAGAGGGAGCGGAAGGUUGUGGCCAAGCCCUUGCCUCCUCCGAGCACCGGCUUAGGGCUUCCACCCUAGCCCGCCCCCAGGAACGUCUCUCCGGGAGUCACAGCGCCCACUCCAAGGCCUGGGAAGUGCGAAGAAGCCCCGCCCCGGGGGACGUGACCAAGCGGGAACUCAGAACCCCUGGACUUAAAGGCGUCUUCAGGAGCCUCGGAUCCCGAACAAAACCAAGAGCGAUCGAACAUAGCCGAACACGCCCGAACCUACCCGAGUAAGGCCGGACUAAGCCGAACAUGUCCGACCUGGCCCGAGCACCCCGCCGGACUUUCUUGAAAACCUAGUACGGCCAAACAGAGCCGAACGCGCCCGAACGUGUCUGAACCCACCCGAGCGCGGUCGGAUGUAGCCGAAUUCUACCGGACUCACCCGACGGAACUCCACUGGAAGAAGCCCAACCCUGUGUGAUCACACCCAACUUCGGCAAACCCCGCUGUGCUUGACCGAGCCGGACCGAAGCCAGCUGAACUGGACAGAAUCCUGCCGAAUUCCCCACUCCCAACCCUGUUCAGAGCCUUUGGGCAGGCGCCAGUCCCAGCCUGUGGACUCGGAUGGGGUGACCUGGCAGGGGACCAGGUGGACACUGGCCCUUGGCCAGCAGUCCCAUGUCUAGGGGUGGCCCCUAGGGUCUUCCUGUUUCGCUUCUCCUGCUUGCUCCCUUUUCAAAAGCCUGUGACCCACUUGCAGCCCUGGUGGCAAACUCCCUCUCCUGCACUUCUAGCACCCUCCCCCGUCUCUGACUUCUGACUCCAAAGGGGAGAUGGGUUGAUCCUCUCUUAUCCCGUCGGGGUGUUGUUAGAAGGAGAGAAGGGGCUGAGAGAUGGAAGGGAGGACUGAGGAUUGCCUAGAACAGGAGAAGAAUGGUACUCGGGGCGGAGGGUAUAUCCUGUGCAAAGGCCCUGAGGUGGAAGAGAACAGGCAGAGCGUUCGGGACCCAAAUAAAGCAGCUUUGACCUGGAAAAUGGGCUCCCCUGUGGGAGAAGCACCCUGGAUCCUCAGGCCGGGUCUGGCCUUGGCAGAAUCAUCCACUCUGCCCAGCACAGCCAGAGGCGGGAGUCCUUCCUGUACCGCUCAGACAGUGACUACGACCUGUCUUCCAAGACCCUGUCCCGGAACUCUUCCGCGGCUAGCGACCUACACGGAGAAGACCUGAUUGUGACGCCCUUUGCCCAAGUGGGUGCCCACCCCUUCCUUCUCCCGUGUGCCUAGCGGGCAGAGCGGAGCCCUCCUUUCCAGUGCUGACCAGCCCGCUCCCGACAGGUCCUGGCCAGUCUGCGGACGGUUCGGAGCAAUGUUGCAGCCCUUGCCCACCUGCAAAGCGGUGGGACAGCCAAGCAGGCAUGCGUCGGGAACACCCCGUCUGGCAGUCAGCCCCCUCCACCAACAGAGGAGACUGGGCAGAAGUUGGCUUUGGAGACACUGGAUGAGCUGGACUGGUGUCUGGAUCAGCUGGAGACACUGCAGACGCGGCACUCGGUGGGGGAGAUGGCCUCCAACAAGUUCAAGCGAAUGCUGAACCGGGAGUUGACUCACCUGUCUGAAACCAGCCGCUCUGGGAACCAGGUGUCCGAGUACAUAUCCCAGACCUUCCUGGACCAGCAGACUGAGGUGGAGUUGCCCAGGGUGACCUUCACAGAGCCCCCAAGGCCCAUGUCUCAGAUCAGCGGCCUACAUGGGGUCCCCCACAGUCCCAGCAUUUCUGCAGCCACUGUCCCACGCUUUGGGGUCCAGACGGACCAGGAAGGGCAACUGGCCAAGGAGCUGGAAGACACCAACAAAUGGGGGCUUGAUGUGUUCAAGGUGGCGGAACUAAGUGGUAACCGACCCCUCACAGCCAUCACAUUCAACAUCUUUCAGGAACGGGACCUGCUCAAGACAUUUCAGAUCCCAGCAGACACGCUUGUCACCUACCUACUGACACUGGAGGGUCACUACCACAACGACGUGGCCUACCACAACAGCCUACACGCCGCCGACGUGGCCCAGUCCACACAUGUGCUGCUGGGCACACCUGCACUUGAGGCCGUGUUCACAGACCUGGAAGUCCUGGCUGCCAUCUUUGCAAGCGCCAUCCAUGAUGUGGACCAUCCUGGGGUCUCCAAUCAGUUUCUCAUUAACACCAACUCAGAGCUUGCUCUUAUGUACAAUGAUGCCUCCGUGUUGGAGAACCACCACCUGGCUGUGGGCUUUAAGUUGCUGCAGGUAGAGAACUGUGACAUCUUCCAGAACCUCAGUACCAAGCAGCGGCUAAGUCUGCGCAGGAUGGUCAUCGACAUGGUGCUGGCCACGGACAUGUCCAAACAUAUGAAUCUCCUGGCUGACCUCAAGACUAUGGUGGAGACCAAGAAGGUGACGAGCCUUGGUGUCCUGCUGCUAGACAACUACUCUGACCGCAUCCAGGUCUUGCAGAGCCUGGUGCACUGUGCCGACCUCAGCAACCCCACCAAGCCGCUGCCGCUGUACCGCCAGUGGACAGACCGUAUCAUGGCCGAGUUCUUCCAGCAGGGUGACCGUGAGCGCGAUUCAGGCCUGGAUAUCAGCCCCAUGUGUGAUAAGCAUACAGCCUCUGUGGAGAAGUCCCAGGUGGGUUUCAUUGACUACAUCGCCCAUCCACUGUGGGAGACAUGGGCUGACCUGGUACACCCAGAUGCACAGGACCUGCUGGACACUCUGGAGGACAACCGCGAGUGGUACCAGAGCAAGAUCCCCCACAGCCCCCCUGUGGACCCUACCAGCCCCAAGCAAGGUGGCCCUGACAGAUUCCAGUUUCACCUGACUCUGGAGGAGGCAGAAGAAGAGGAGGAAGAGGAGGCAGGGGCAUUGGAUGGGGAGGUCUCGCAGUCAGCUGACACUGAGCUCUUGUCCCCCGAAGACAGUCCAGACCCUGGGGCCCUACCCUUGGACGAUCAGAGGACUGAGGGCAAGCCGUGCGUGGACCAUAAGGGCAAUGUGAUAGCUGAGACUUUGGGCACCUAACCGCCCCUAGUGGAUGGGCAGACUUUCCAAGAAGAGGUCCCAGGUGGCCCUUGCUUUGCCUUCCCCAUUCACUGAGGGAGAAAACUUUUAGUUACAGGCAGGUCUCAGGGUUGAAUUAGAGGCACCUGGCUGUGGUUCACUCUGACCCUGGGCUUGGCUGAGAGAGCUCUCCAAGGAGCUGGGCUGGGGGCAGCCUCUUCCAGGGCCCUUGAGUGCUCGCUCCUGGACUUUCAGCCCUGGCGUAGAAAGGGGGUGUUUGCCAGGCCCCUUGUUCUUCUCCAGUGAUCACUCUUGAGCCAUGUCCAUCACUUAAUUCUUUCAUUCUUUAGUAGAUAUUUGCUGUGCACCUACUAUGUGCCAGACCUGUGCCUGUUAUGUGCCUCUGGGGUAGCCCGACACAAGGAGGUGGGGAGUCGCCUCGAGGAGAUGCCCCCCUUCCCCAGACUCCUUCAUCUGCCAGGCAGCUCAUUGUAAGAGAACAGGAAUUUGAAUGGAGGAAUUUGCAGCACCAAAGCUUCAUCCAGACCCAAUUCUGGCUCUGGAGCUCCGGGGAUUGGGGAGGCAGGGCCAAGAAAGACAGGGUUCUGUGUCAGGGACUGCCUCUGAAAACUGAUUUAGCCUGUCACCGCUUGUGCUUUGGUUGUUGCUUUGAAUCACUGUAGUGUCUGUCUUUAGGCCUAAGGAUCCUUGUUCUCCCUGGUCCCAGGACCCCCUGCAGCCCCCCUCUUCCCUCUUCUAGAAUAGCAACAAAAGCACAGAAUUCUCCCCCAUGGAAGGUCACUCCACCUCCUGAUUCUGAGGCUACCCCAGGCUCUCCAUAGGGAAAAGGAGGCCUCUGACACUUUCUUGCAAGUCACAGCCCCUUCUGGGCCUCAGUUUCUCCUUUAUGGCCCCCUCCUGGUACCUGGGUAAACUUGGCUUGGAGGGUGGUGUCUGUGACCUCCGUGAAAUAUCUUAGCAAUUUGGGGCAUUCUCUGGGGUUAAAUAAACUUUAUUACCAAAAAUUA